CCGGAUACAAGACGUUCGGCUAUUCUCGACAGCCGGCGACGGCGGCAUAGACGGCGUCAGCAGCUUGAGCGGCAAGCCAGAAUCAACGGGUCCGAAAGUAACGUCACAAGCGGCAAUAGUGGCCAAUUAACACCUCCGAUCAGCUCUGUUCUCGUGCCGAAAAUGGUAGUCGCUUCGACCGGCCAUGGAAGCAGCAGCGCCUCGAACUCCUCCGUGGCCAUUUCGAAUCAUUCCCGGGGUACGCAGCCGAGGCCGCACCAGGUGGGUGCCGUUGGAACCGGGAUGACCCCAAAGGAGCUCUCGGACAAUGACGACCUGGCCACCGGACUCGUGCUGGAUCCCAUCCUGGGCUUUCAGACGCACAAGAUGAACCUCAAGUAUCGGCCGCUGCGGGUCAACACCGAUCCGAUCAAGGACAUUCUGGAGGAGUUCAUCCGGUCGCAGAACUACGCCCGUUGCUACCAGCAGCUGAUGAAGGGCAACUGGAUUCCGCGGGCCGUACUCAACAAGAGUAAGCUGGCACAGAAGCGACUGGAAUCGCACAUAUAUCGCUACCUUCGGGUGUUCGACCGUAACGCGGGCUUCGUGAUCGAGGCGUGCUACCGGUACUCGCUGGAGGGCCAAAAGGGCGCCAAGAUUUGCUCCACGCGCAAGUGGCUCAAGAACGAGAAGAUCGAGUGCCUGGUGGGUUGCAUCGCGGAGCUGACGGAGAAGGAAGAGGACGCCCUACUGCAGCCGGGGAAGAACGACUUCUCGGUGAUGUACAGCUGCAGGAAGAACUGCGCCCAGCUGUGGUUGGGACCGGCGGCGUACAUCAACCACGAUUGCCGGGCAAAUUGCAAGUUUGUGGCGACGGGGCGCGACACGGCAUGCGUCAAAGUGCUGCGGGACAUUGAGAUCGGCGAGGAGAUCACCUGUUUCUAUGGGGAGGAUUUUUUCGGGGACAACAAUCGGUACUGCGAAUGUGAGACUUGCGAGCGGAGGGGGACAGGAGCUUUUGCCAAGGACAAGAACGGCGAGGAGCAGAGUCCGAAUGGAGUGCGGUACCGACUGCGGGAGACCGACAAUCGGUUAAACCGAUUGAAAAGCAAGAACAAUGCGUUGGAUCUGUGCAAGACGAGCAUCGGGAAGAGUGAACCUCCGUCUGCGUUGGCCGCCUUAAGCAUGAAGGAGCUACGCCAGAAGGGUAUGACGAAGUACGACGCGGAGAUGCUGUUGGCCCAGCAGAAACCUUCAUUCGAAGCCGUUCAAUCUUCUCCGGAAGUGGAUCUGAGUAGUAGCACAACUCCUGCCGAACCUACUGAGGAGAAGAAAGCCAAGCCAAAGCAAGGGCAAGAUGCUGCAACGGAAAAGAUGGCAACACGGUCUUCACGUCGAUUUCAAACCCCAAACGAAGAGAAGAAAUCCCAGCCAACAACGGCCAGCCAUCCGGAGGCAACCACAACGGAGGAAGCUUCCACUCCGGUCCCGCUGAAGGCCACCCGAAGUACGCGACCCUUGCGAGAGAACGGCCGCCGAAGGUACAGCAGCAACAGCAGCCUCAACACGGACAUCUCCAGCGUCCUUUCGUCAACUUCCUCCUUUGUGACGGCCAAGACUUCGGUCCCGACGGCCGCCGAACGGAAGAUGAUGCCCCGCUCGAUGAAGAUGAUCUCCUCCCAAGAAGACGUCAUCGUAAUCGACGACGACCACAACAGCAACCACUCGUUCGCAUCCAAAAGCAGCUGCAGUACCAUCUCGGCCCUCUCGGCCAAGGAACACCUUCUCCAACAACCGCCAAAGAACUGCAGCAGUAGCCAGGACAGCAACGUCUAUGUGUUCAAUGAUCUCCUUGAAAGUAGCAAUCUUAACGGUUACACCCUAAGAAAUCACCAUCCGCCACAGGAGGAACAACGACAGGAUCCUCCGACGGAAGUUCCGGAGCGACCUCCAUCGUCCCUCAAACGACGCUCCAUCCGGCGUUCCAUAACGGAGCACAUCAGCCCUCGGGUGACCCGGCGGAAGCAGCGUCUACUCGGCAUGCAGCUUGUUUCCGUGGCCACCGCAACAUCGAUGAUGACGACGACGACGACUACGGAGAAACCCUCAACACUGCCAGAAGAAAUGGAGCAAGACAAGCCCCAAACCCCAACGAAAUCGACGAUGACGACCGACGAGAGGGCAGAGACUGAGACGACAAGCGGUGGUGGCGUUUGCGGCAGCAGCGGCGGUAGUGACGGCUCCAACCGGGGCAACCGGCGGAAGCAGAAACUGCAGACCCGGAUCAUGCAGGCCGACGAACUGGUGGCCCUGCAGAGGCAAGCCGCCGAAUUGGAGCGAAUCGGGCGUGCCACCCGGAGGCGGAGGCGGCUCAUGCUGGAGGAGGGCGAGGGCGAGGACGAGGACGACGUGAUCCUGUCGAAAGUAACCAAUUGUGAUGAUAAUACUAAUGAUAAGUUGUUAAGAAGCAGAAACCGGCAUGAGGGAGAUGUUAUCGUUCUAAGCAGCGGCAGCAGCAGCAGUAGUAGUAGUGAAAGUAAUAGUGGUAGUAAAUCUAGCGGUAGGAACAAUGGUAGUAGCGUUAGCGUUAGUAAUGGGACCGGUGAUCGCGUGGGGACCGACGAGCCGCUAGCUUCCAAAACGGUGAUCGGAUCACGGAAGCGAAAAGUGUCCAAAAGUGUCAGCGAAUCGGAAAGCAGUUCCAGCUGGGAAAACAAGAUGCCGGCACAAGAGCAACGGCCGGGGGAACCCUUGGGUCUGGGCAGGGUCAUACCGAACCAGGAGGCACUGCUCAAGACUCCGGAGAGGCGUCUGAAGCUAACGCUUCGCAUGAAAAGAAGUCCGGUGAUCGACGAAAUCAUCGAAUCAGGUACUAGCUUGAGCGAGGACACUUGCAGCACCAACACCUACAAGCCAGAGUACGAGGUCUUGCGGGUGGAAGGGAUCGCCGAAGGGAGUGACAAGGAGGAAGAUGAGGACGACGAUGAAGACGAUGAUGAUGAUGAGAAUUACGACCUGGAGGAUGAGUUGACCUACAGCAGUAGCUGCAGUAGUAGGCUAUCGCAGAAACGCAAGAAGCGUCACAAAUCUAAGGAGGCCAGAAGACAUCGGAAGCGAGUGAAACGCGAACUUCGUCGUCAUACUCAUCAUCAUCAUCACCAUCACCAUCUUCCGCCGCAGCAGCACCAUCAUCAUCAUCAGCAACAGCAGUCCGUUCAUCCGCCUCAGCACCACCAAUCGGUUAUUCUGCAACCGUCGGCGCUGGGACCGGUGACGGCUGCUGUUACUGCGGCGGCUGAAGCUGCUGCUGCGGCCGCUUCCGCCAACAAUCAAGUCACCCCUCCCAAACGAUCGCCGAUUGCAUUUCCAGCGCCAACCAAACGGCUGCGACUGAUCUUCGGCAACGAAACCCGCACAAUCGACAUUCCACCGACUGCAAAGAUAUCGGCUUCGUCGUCUCCUUCCACGCCGAGCUCUUCACUGCCAUUGUCGCCGGUGGUCAGUUUAACGCCAAAUAGCCAAGGUUCCACUCCCAGCAGCGCUGCCAGCUCGGCCAACUCGGGCAUCAUCAUCAACAACACGCCGGGCGUGAUUGUCAGCCCGACGCGGACCUCCCUCGGAACCCAGUUCCCCGCAUUCAACGGGUACUCCGUGAGUACCUUCUCUAGAUCUCCACAAUCGCUGCAGCAAACCCAACCAUCCCAGCUGUUCGCCAAUGCCCUCAAUCCCAUCUCCUUCCUCCAAAGCAACCAAUUUCAGCACCAUUCACAUCCCCAUCACCAUCACCAGAAUCUGUUCCAGUUCCAACCGCAAUCCACUCCUCUCUCGCUUCUUUCCCAUCACACAGACCUGACGCCGUCGCAGCAGCCCUUCCAGCAGCAACACAACGUUAUUCAGCACACGGCACAGCUGCAAGAGUUUCCACCCACGUCCCAAUCCCAAAUCCCUCUCCAUCACCAUACCCUCCCGAGUCACCAUCAUCGCUUCGGCGAGUUGACCCUGAACAAUCACCACCUCAACAACCACCACCUCCACCUUCAUCAUCAUGUGGGCGUGGGCGUGAACAGCAGCAGCGGCAGUGCCGGCGGCGGUGGCAGCAGCAGCAACACCAGUGGCACGACGCCGACCAAGUGCAGCCCGUACCAGCAGCUGACGGCGCUGACUACGACGCAACCGGGAGUGGCCACGUUCAACUGACCGCUGGGGAUGGGCGGUGGGCAGCGGUAGGAGGAGACGGCGGCGAAGCUGAUGCGAUGGCUUGUGGGUGGAAGGGGCGAACGGGGACGAUAGGAUGCGCGCGGGAGGGAAUCCAGGUCGAAUGGUUUGUGGGCGGGGUUUCGGACUUCCUAGGGUACUGACUUCACCGCAGCUUGACGUUGAAGUCUGUGCUAGGGAAGUGCGAACAGUGGUACCCAACGGCUUUUAUACCAUUUUGCACCUAUACUGGAGAAAUAGCUCAUUAUUUUCUUGCAAGCUCUACAGAAUUUUUGUUAGAUACUCAUUCUACUUUACUCUGGAUUUACGUUUCAACUGACACUUGACCCGCCUCUUCUUAUUUUUGCUUUACAUAUUACGAUAUUAUUGCAUUUUAUCUUUUGACGGCAGUGUUCCCAUAUUAUCUGGUUCCUCAUUUUGCACUAUCAAAUCUAAAUUCAAAUCUUAAAACUACUCAAACCAUUUGACCUCCCACCACGUCGCUUCCUAUCCUCAACGAUCGUGCCCGUAAUCUUCACCACCGGACAAUAUCCCGUUUGUCGUCAUUCACAGGUCUCGCAAAUCAUCGAAAAUUUCUUCGAGUUCUGCUCAACUCGAGCCGUGGCUAGCCCAGCAGAAGAAUAGUCCCGACGCAUGCGAUCACCGGCUUUUUGGCAUCCCCUCCGUCAGAUUGGCCUCCCUCGCCAACAAACUUUCGAUUUCGUCGAUUUCGAAAAUCCCAUGUUCCCGCUGCGCAUUCGCGUUCGUUUCAUUGUAUGAAAAGCAACAGAUGUUUCUUUAUUUUCGAUACAAAAUUCAUUUUACUGGUUUCAUUUGGAAACUGCCAAUAUCCCCAUACGUCUCAAAGUGCGGCCGUACACGCAGCAACUAUCGAUCGUAAAUUAUUAUUUGCUAAUUUCACAACUAAAGAAAGUGUGAGUGCGAGUGUGUGUGAGAGAGAACGAUAGAUCGCGGGAAACAGCUCCCCUCCAAGUAUAGAAUAAUGUAUGUACAUGUGUAUGUGUACUAGGUACGCUUCUGCGUACGGACACGCGCGCGAGGUUAGGUUUAAUUAGUUGUCAUUUAUACAAUUACUUAGUUUCAAAAGCAUACCCUACAUAGCAUAAGCCGAAAAUGGAAACAUACAAAACAACAGCAAGUAAGCAAAGCAAAUGUGUUCUAAUCCCAUCUAGCCCGCCUAAAACGAAUCCCCUAUUUGUGUUGUACAGUUGUAGUAGACAUCCUAAUUAGCAUAUAUUUAUGUGUGUGUGUGUGUGUGUCCGUAGACGUACCGCCGCCAUCUUUCUGGGUCGACUCUUUUGUUUUUCUUUUGUGUUUUCGUUUGUUUUUAGUUGAGUUUUCUAUUGUUUGUGUCCUUGUUGUAUUUCAAUCAGUUCUUCCUGAAAAGUAUUUGUUUUGUUGUUCUGGUAAUCCUUCACUAUCUCCAAGAAAUACCACAAGAUUGCAUCUGUGCAUUUAUGCCGUAUAAGGGUAGUCAGGGUCGAAGAAUCAGCGAGAAUGAUUGGUCGAUCGACGAUUCCAACACUUACACACAUCCAAAAACACGGUUUUCUAUACUUACAGCUCGCUGACGUCAUGCUUUCCCAGCGUCUGUAGAUGAGUUUUCCAAGCGUCCGUGGAGAGCUUUUCAAGCUAGAGAACAGUAACUUUUUGGGGCCCAUAUAGCCGAGGCGGUAAACGCACGGGUAUUCAGCAUGACCAUGCUGAGGGUGACGGGUUCGAUUCCCGGUCGGUCCAGGAUCUUUUCGUAAAGGAAAUUUCCUUGACUUCCUUGGGCAUAGAGUAUCUUCGUGCCUGCCACACGAUAUACACAUGCAAAAUGGUCAUUGGCAGAGGAAGCUCUCAGUUAAAAACUGUGGAAGUGCUCAUUGAACACUAAGCUGAGAAGCAGGCUUUGUCCCAGUGAGGACGUUACGCCAAGAAGAGAGAGAGAGAGAGAACAGUAACUUUUAAGCUACUGUAGAGAAGUUUUUUUAGCUUCCAUGAAGAGUUUCGGCUUAUAAACUGUACCAUAGAGAAGCUUUUCAAGCUUCCGUAGCGAAGCUCUUAAAGCUGCCGUAGAGACGCUCUUCCAGUAUCCAUAGAAAAGCUAUUCAAGCUUCCGUAGAGAAACUCUACAAGUUUCCGUUGAGAAGCUCUUGAAGCUUCCGUGGAGAAGCUCUGGAAGUUUCCGUAGAGAAGCUCUUCAAGCUUCCGUAGAGAACCUCUUGGGACUUCCAUAGAGAAUCCCUUAAAGCUUCUGUAGAGAAGCUCUUCAAGCUUUCAUAGAGAAGCUCCUUCAGCUUCCGUAGAAAAGCUAUUCAAGCUUCCGUAGAGAAGCUCUUUAAGCUUCCCUAGAGAAGCUUUUGAAGCUUCCGUAGAAAUGCUCUCGAAGCUUAUGUAGACAAGCUCUUGAAGCGUCCGUAGACAAGCUCUUGAUUGUUUCACAGCUCUUGAUGCUUCCGUAGAGAAGUUCUUGAAGCUUCUGUGGAGAAGCUCUACAAGCUUCCGUAGAGGAUUUCUUCAAGUUUCCGUAGAGAAGCUUUUCAAGCUUCCGUAGAAAAUCUCUUGAAGCUUCCGUAGAAAUGCUUUAUUGAAGUUUCCUUAGAGAAGCUCUUGAAGCUUCUGUGGAGAAGCUCUUCAAGCUUCCGUAGAGAAACUCUUCAAGCUUCCAUAACGAUGCUCUUCAUGCUUCCGUAGAGAAGCUCUUGAUGCUUCCGUAGAAAAUCUCUUGAAGCUUCCGUAGAAAAUCUCUUGAAGCUUCCAUAUAGAUGCUUCCUUGAAGUUUCCAUAGAAAAGCUUUCGUGGGAAAGCUCUUGAUGCUUCCACUUCUUGAUGCUUCUGUGGAGAAGCUCUUCAAGCUUCCGUAGCGAUGCUCUUCAAGCUUCCGUAACGAUGCUCUCCAAGCUACCGUAGAGAAGCUCUUCAAACUUCCGUAGAGAUGCUCUUGAAGCUUCCGUAGAGAAGCUCUUGAAGCUUCCGUAGAGAAGCUCUUGAAGCUUCCGUAGAGAAGCUCUUCAAGCUUCCGUAGAGAAACUCUUGAAGCUUCCGUAGAGAAGCUCUUCAAGCUUCCGUAGAGAAGCUCUUGAAGCUUUCGUAGAUAAGCUCUUAAGGGGGAACUUCAGAGAAUCCAAAUAUGGCUGCCACAAUGGCCGGCUCGGACCCCUACUCACGUUUUCAAAAGCACCAAUCUUAAAAAUUCGUAAACAAAUGCGCUCGAUUUGGAAAAACUGCUUCUUUUUUCAAGUGAGCAAAGCCACGAUUAACAAGUGCGGCUUAGUUCGUUGCUUCGUUCGUCAGAUUUGUGCUUCUAAAGUUUGUAUGCAAAAGUGCUAUGGGAUUUCUUGAUGUUUCACCUUAAAGCUUCCGUAGAGAAGCUCUUCUGCUUCCGUAGAGAAGCUCUUCAAGCUUCCGUAGAGAAGUUCUUCAAGCUUCCGUAGAGAAACUCUUGAAGCUUCCGUAGAGAAGCUCUUCAAGCUUCCGUAGAGAAGCUCUUGAAGCUUCCGUAGAGAAGCUCUUCAAGCUUCCGUAGAGAUGCUCUUGAAGCUUUCGUUCAGAAGUUCUUCAGCCCGUAGAGAAGCUCUUCAAGCUUCCGUAGCGAUGCUCUUCAAGUUUCCGUAGAGAAGCUCUUCGAACUUACGUAGAGAUGCUCUUGAAGCUUCCGUAGAGAAGCUCUUCAAGCUUCCGUAGAUAAGCUCUACAAUCUUUCGUUGAAAAGCUCUAGAAUUUCCGUAGAUAAGCAUCCAUAGAGAAACUCUUGAAGCUUCCGUAGAGAAUCAAGUUUCAGAAGAGAAUCUUUCCAAUCAGAGUUGGGGACAAACGGAUUGUUCAAGUAUAAAAGGCAGACAACGUGAUAACUUUCGUUAUUCCUUCGUCUUUCGAAGAGAACUUGUCAAAAAGCAGGGGCGGAUCAGUUGUUAGAAGCGGUAUUUUAUCAUUUCAAUCAUUCAGCCAUCACAGCCACAUCAUCAAUCAUCGCGUUCGAAAUACAGAAUUUUUAACUAGAACUGCCACUAAAUUAAAUAAAACGAAUAUAAACUAAUCAAAAGAAGGGAAAAUGAACGGGAAUGGAAAUAAGCGCGAAAGCGAGAGAAAGGGGUAAUGCAUUUUAAAUGAUAAUCUCCGAACACAAGAGUAAUCGCAAAAUAAUACACAUUACUGUAAAAUAAAAGUUAUAAAACCUUUGAACAUGUAUAAAUAAUACAAAUUAUGAACAAAAUCCCCCACACUUAGCUAGGUCUGCGUUGAAAUAUGAUAAUGUUUUGAGAGAAAACGCCUUGAGGCUGAAACGCACGCACUGUUCAGCACUUGUACAGCGUGGCAAACGCUUGUCAAGCGUUCGUGUGACACGCAGCUCGAUUAUCGACUGAUUGAUUGAUUGAUUGACUGGUCCAUCAGGUUGUCAUUAUUGGUAGUACAGAAUCCGCCUUAAUCCCUGAUUCCACAUCGGCGCGUCUGCUCCCAAAAAAAAAGUAUAUAAACAUCCGCAUAUAGUACUUUCCAAAGAAAAGAAAAAACAGAAAACUCAACAACAGAGUCGGCAGGAACGUUCCCAGCAAGUACAUAAUGGAAGAAAUGCGAAAAUUAAGCGUUAGCACUUUAAGUAAUUGGAAACCACACACACACCCAGCACUAAGAUACAUAAUUUUGUGAUAAAUGAAUAUUAAAAUGGUAAAUAUAUGAAAAUAAGAAUAAACCCGCGCAACUCGGGCACAGUUGCCGGUUGCACUCUGUAUUUAGAAAACGGCUGAAACAAAUCAGAAUCAACGCUGAACCGUAAAAUUCAUUUCUUUGAAUUUGUAAAAAUAAAUAACUAGGGAAUCGCGCUACUUGGGCGGUGGCUUCUAUAUUCGUCUGUUUUCCACUACAACUCAGUCAAUCUUGAACCAAUUGACACAAUUCUUGGAAUGCGGUGAGAUAGGUAUAGUAUCUACCCGUGUACAAAAUUUCAAGUCAAUCGGUUCAAAAUUGACCGAGUUACAGUGGAAAACAGACGAAAAUAACAGACGAAGAAAACCACCGCCCAAGUAGCGCGAUACCCUAUUACGCAUAUAAAUAGAAAGGAAAUAAAAAAAAACAAACAGGUCUGUAGCAUAGUGAGCGAGGCAGUAGCAGAGAGAAAGAUGGUGAAAAUAACUUGUAAACACUGCUGAUUGUAGAGAAACAUAGAGAAGUUAGAAAACGCCGAAUGAUGAAGAAAAGAAGUAAAAAUAUGCUAAAAAUCAGUAAGAAAAAAAAGAACAGAAACUAGUACUAAACUAAAAAAAACUACUGAAAACUAUAUAUAUUGAAUAAUGCAAAUAAUAAGAGAAAAUCUUUUCCAAACAAAAA